GUCAAAGCAGUUCCAACAGCCCAGUAAACAAGAAAAUGGAUCGUGGUUAAUCCCAGGCCAGAGGCCUAAAACUUCUGCACAGAAGGUUGUCCUCCCUGUGAAGCUUCCUCACUUCAAUGUACCAGAAAACUUACAGAGUUCUGUGUUAGAUGCGACAGAGCUUACGGAUGUUGUUCCUCAGCUCUCCCAGGAAUUAAGUUUCCCCAACUACUCGCGGCGAAUGUCAACUCUUCUAUACCUGGAGGAGAUUCAGAUGCAGAUGGACAUCCGAGAGUUUGAUAUGAACCGAGUUUGUCUGCAUCCUGUUGGUGAGUUCUUGGCCCUGACAGUGCCUGGCCUUGCGGAAGGUCGACCUUCGGUUCUCAUCGGAGACCAGAUAAUUUUGUCAAGUCCUGAGGAUCCUGAGGGGCCACGUUAUGUAGGCUAUGUCCAUGAGUUGACUGCAACCGAAGUUUAUCUGAAAUUUAGCCCGGAGUUUCACAGCCGUUAUGGAGGACAGGAUUACAAUGUUCAGUUUACAUUCAGUCGAACCCCUCUGCGCCGCUGCCACCAGUCUGUGUCUUUAGCAGUUCAACUUCUAGGCUCUCCAGUUCUCUUCCCAGAGCAUAUUAACCUAAAGAAGCCGCAAGCCAUUCUGGAAACUUUGGCUUCCACUGAACAGUCAUGCACAUCAGACAGGUCAAGAAAAUAUAAUCCUGCCACACCAAGUAACAAGAACCAGGCAGUGCACCCAGAGUCUCCUAUGAUUAAGUACUCCAUCCAAGAUGCCCGCUCAAAGCUACAACCAGCUAGCGGCAAGCAUACUGGUUUCUUUAAUCCCCGACUGAAUGACAAGCAGAAGUCGGCAGUGGAAAGAAUAUUGCUGGGUCAAGCCAGGCCAAUUCCAUAUGUGAUAUUUGGACCUCCAGGCACUGGUAAAACUAUCACAGUCGUAGAAGCAAUACUUCAAGUGCUGCACCGCAUUCCUUCAAGUCGAAUCCUGGCCUGUACACCGUCCAACAGUGCGGCCGACCUGAUUGCCGAAAGACUUCACUCCAGUGGCCAGGUGACGCAGACAGAGAUGGUACGUCUCAAUGCAUUCCAGCGAUCCACUGAUAGCCUACCUGAGAGCAUUUUGAAGUACUGCAGAUUUUCAGAAGAUUUGCAAAUGAUCUCUCGUUUCCGAGUCAUCGUCUGUACGUGCACAAUGGCAGGGAGUCUGUAUGGGCUGGGUUUGAGUGCGGGUCACAUCACACACGUCUUUGUGGAUGAGUGUGGCCAGGCUACAGAACCAGAGUGUCUUAUCCCUGUCGGACUUGUUUCUGGAGCAGAUGGCCAGAUAGUUUUAGCUGGUGACCCCAAGCAGCUCGGUCCUAUAGUGAUGUCUCCUUUUGCAAGAAUGUAUGGUCUAGAGUUAACUUUUCUUGAGCGUCUGAUGAUGAGGCGGCCAUAUUUGAGAAGCAUGGCUUUGUUUGCAGAUGAUGGCGGAUUUGAUCCUCUGGUGGUGACCAUGCUGAUAGAGAACUACCGCUCCCAUCCAUCCAUCCUGGAGUUGUCCUCACGCUUGUUCUACUACGGUCAGCUGCAGCCAAUGGCAGAUCCGGAGCUGACACACAAACUGGCCACAUGGCAGGAGUUGCCAAUGCCAGAUUUUCCUGUUGUUUUCCAUGGAAUUCGGGGGGAGGACGUCCGAGAGGUCAACAGUCCAUCCUGGUUCAACCCAGGUGAGACUGUCCAGGUGGUCAGGUACCUGCAAGGAGUCCUGAAAGAAGGUGUGAGUCCAGAUGAUGUGGGGAUUAUUACACCUUAUCGCAAACAGGUGGAGAAGAUCCGGUUAAUGAUAGAUCGUCUUCUUUUGCCUGAGGUCAAGGUGGGGUCAGUGGAAGAGUUUCAGGGUCAAGAACGACAGGUCAUCAUCAUUUCUACAGUUCGAUCCAACGAAAAGCUAAUCAGUUUUGAUGUUCGUCAUUCCCUGGGGUUUCUUAGUAACCCAAAGAGAUUUAACGUGGCUCUCACACGAGCUCAGGCUCUGCUUAUCAUUGUAGGCAAUCCAGUUGUUCUGCGCCAGGACCAAAACUGGAACCUCUUGAUUAACUACUGUGUAGACAAUGGAGGUUAUACAGGGUGUCAGCUGCCUCGUGUGCCCGUUAAAGGCUCUGAUGAUGAGAAAACAUCAGAGGAUGGCUUACCCAGAGAGAAUAUGCACGUAUAA